AUGCUCUCCCGAGAAGUGCUGCUCUUCUCACCUACACGUGAGGGUAUCCCUUCCUCGGACGACGCGUUCAGUGCUCAGGAUCUCGUUGCGGGUCAGUCGAUCCCUCCUCCCCGCGCAGAGGUUCGCUCAGCCGAACUUACUGACAAAGGCCAUGUACCCAUCUCUCGUCGUCCCCCAAAACAGCUCAAGAUGCGCUCGAAGCCGAAGCACGCGACACGAUCCCGUUCGCCUUCACCGAAUGCACCUACGAGAUGGGCUACAUCAAGCAACCCUUGUACGCGUGUCUGACCUGCCUCAACCACCGCGCCGUCUGCACCGCGUGCUCCGUCUCCUGCCACGGUGAACAUCACCUCGUCGAACUCUUCAACCGGAGGCAUUUUCGCUGCGAUUGUGGCACGGAGGCGAUGGGGGCGGGGAGCGUGUGCGAGGUGACGAAUCGCAAGGAUGCACCGAGGAAUGACGAAAAUCGUUACGACAAGAAUUUUCUGGGCAAAUUCUGCGUUUGUGGAAAGGACUAUGACCCCCACACCGAGACGUGAGUGGUCCGGACAUUGCACAGCGUUCUUGUGUCUUGAAACUGACAUGAACAUGCUUGCUCACGAUACAGUGACUCAAUGUACCAAUGCCUCCUCUGCGAAGACUGGCUUCACCACGCCUGUCUCAUCGGAUCCCACGUCGAUUCGGCCGACUCGCUACUCGCGACCGACGAUUUCGACCACGUCGUCUGCGAUGCAUGCGUCCGUCACGAUCACAAGGGCGUCAGGACCAAGCUGCUGGAUCGCUAUGCUGGAAUCGAAGGGAGCGGGGUCAUGCUGCUCGAUCUGAAGACCAACGCGAUCAUUGGGAGAACGGCAUUCGAUGAUGAGGACGAGAACGAGAACGAAGGGCAAGGCGACAACAAACUCAAAGCGAACGAAGAAGGAGACGUGUCCGAAACCAAACUCCACGCUUCGAGCGGCGAUGCCACAGAUCAAGACCGACCAGCCAAGCGAGCUCGACUUGAUGAAUCAACGAUCAAACCGGAAACCUCAUCAUCAUCUUCUUCGGCGCAACAUGAUAUCAUAAAGGGAGAUACUGUCAUAGACCUGCCUACAAAAGCUUGCAAAGCACCCUUACGACCCAGCCCAUCAGAUGUGUCCCCUCUCAAGCGACUCGAACUCGGCGGUGGCAAGCUGAACGUCUUUUUCGAGGAAGGAUGGAGGAUGAGGUGGUGUCAAUGCCAAGAGGUACGCCUCUUCUCCUCGUCGGAGAUGAAUACCAGUGUGUCCGAAGAUCGCAUUCAUCUAACACUCAGCUGACGUCUAUUCGCUAAAUUUAAGCAGUGUUCACCUCUCUUUGCCGACUUUCCAUACUUUCUGGAAGAAGAAGAAUCGUAUGAACCACCGGACGAUCCUGAUGCUCGUGAGUCAUUACCAUUCGAAAGACUACACAAGCACCACGCUGAUGUCUUACAAAUCGUUCACUCGCAGACAAAUCGACGCAUGAACUCGGGUUGGCCGCGCUCUCACGCAUGCCCCGCGAGCAAGCGAUCGAAGGGGCAAUUGCAUUCCGGGGUCUUUCGGAGCGGCUCAAGAAUUACCUAAGGCCUUACUCCGAGUCCGGUGCGACGGUCACGAAGGAGUUGAUUGAUGAGUUUUUUGCAAAGGAGCGGGAAGUAUUGUCGGAGCAGAUGCAGAAGAAUCGGUAG